GCUCUGCCGGGGCGGGAAGUCUCCCCGAGUCCGCCCUUCGUUCUGGACCCGGCGGCCCGGCGGUGCCGGGCCGGGAACCUGGGGCUCCUGAACUUGGCGCUGGAGGUCCCCCCUGCCCGGGUCCGGUUUCUGGGCGCGCGCCGCCCGCAGGUGAAUAGCUGCGGGUGGGCAGGCCGGCGAAUGGGAAAGUCUGGCCGGGGGUCUGUCACAGCCCAGCUAACGCAGCACAUCGCCUGUGUCACUGGACACCUGUCCUCUCUGUACCAGGCUGCUCCCGCGAGCGGAGCCAUCGAGACUGCAUGGAGAUCCUGCAGAGGAAACUUCGUCUAGGUGACCAGGGAUCAGGAUCCACCGGCUCCUGAUGACCGAUCAUUUUCCCUAAAGCAAUGGCAUGGACCAAAAUGAGAAAUUCUGUUGCUGAUUGCAAAGUGAAAAGGAGGCAGGCAACAGACUGAGGGCUGCCGAGCAAAAGAUGGACCCCCGUGAAGACCUGGAAACGUCCAGCGGUAAAUCUCUGGACUCCAGGGGGACCGAACCUCGGGAGUUUGAAGGACCACAGGCCUGCGGCUCUGAGGCCCUGGGGAGAGGAAACGAGGAGAUGUGGAGCCCACACGUGGAGAACAGCAACAGUGAACAGCAAGAUCGAAACAGAGUUUCUGAAGAACUUAUAAUGGUUGUGCAAGAAAUGAAAAAAUACUUGCCAUCGGGGAGACACAGUAAGGCGAGCACCGUCGAGGCCCUCAACUAUGCACUUCACUGCGUGCACAGCGUACAAGCAAACAGUGGGUUUUUCCAGACUCUCAGUCAGAGUGGAGCGCCUCAAGCAGCUGCGACCGCAUACAAUCUUGAGGAGCUGGCCACGGCUGCCUCGGGGUACACUUCCAAAAACACAGAUACCUUUGUGGCAGUGUUUUCAUUUCUGUCUGGAAGGUUAGUGCACAUUUCUGAACAGGCUACUUCAAUCCUGAACUGUAAGAAAGACUUCCUGGAGUCUUCGCACUUUGUGGAACUGCUUGCUCCCCAAGAUGUGAGGGUUUUCUGUGCACACACUGCCCACGCUCAGCUUCCCCUCUGGAGCAACUGGACCCAAAGAGCAUCUCAGUACGAAUUUGCUCCGGUGAAAUCCUUUUUCUGCAGGAUCCGGGGAGGCCAAGACACAGAGCAAGAAAAGCAUUACUACCCAUUCCGGAUUAUCCCGUAUUUGAUGCAUGUACAUAGCUCUACCCAGCCGGAAUCUGAGCCCUGCUGUCUCACCCUGGUGGAGAAGAUUCACUCCGGUUAUGAAGCUCCUCGAAUCCCGGUGGAUAAAAGAAUUUUUACCACAACACACACCCCAGGCUGUGUCUUUCUUGAAAUAGAUGAAAGAGCGGUGCCUCUGCUGGGUUACCUACCUCAGGAUCUGAUGGGAACGUCUGUCUUAGCAUAUCUGCACUCAGAAGAUCGUUCUCUCAUGCUUGCUGUACACCAAAAAGUCUUGAAGUAUGCAGGCCACCCUCCCUUUGAACACUCACCCAUUCGAUUUUGUACUCAAAAUGGAGAUUACGUCAUCUUGGACUCCAGCUGGUCCAGCUUUGUGAACCCAUGGAGCCGGAAGGUAUCGUUCAUCAUUGGUCGGCAUAAAGUUCGAACGAGUCCACUGAAUGAGGAUGUUUUUGCUACCAGAAAAAGAAAGACGAACAGUAAUGACAAAGACAUAACAGAAUUACAAGAACAAAUUCACAAACUUCUCUUACAGCCGGUUCGCGGGAGCGCCUCCAGCGGCUACGGAAGCCGGGGCGGCAGCGACUCGCAGGAGCCGCGCCUCAGCCUCCCGUCGCCCAGUGAGCGCGGCGGAGCGCGCGCCGAGGCGGCGCGCGGGGAAGCGCUGACUUUGCAGCAGGUCUGUGCCAGUGUGAACAAAACCAAGAAUCUGGGUCAGCAGCUCUACAUUGAGUCAGUGGCCAAGUUAGCAGGUGAGCGAGUGACGGGGACGCGCGCCGGACGGCCUGGCGAUGAACAGAAGGCCCCAUCUGCCGUCCAGACAUUGAAAAACAAUAGCGUGCCCACGGAGUCCUGUGAAAACUGGGGAGAAGACCAGCAUAGCCCAUCCUAUCAGCAAAUAAACUGCAUUGACAGUGUUAUCAGAUACUUGAAGAGUUACAACAUUCCAGCUUUGAAAAGAAAGUGCAUAUCCUGUACCAAUACAACCUCUUCAUCCUCAGAAGAAGACAGACAGAACCACAAGGCAAAUGAUGCCGAAGCCUUGCACGUUGUGUCUCAAAGCCCAGCCGGAGCUAACCUGGAGAUGCCGACUGCCGGGCGGGCCGCACACGUUGCAGGAGGCGCUCCGCGGACACUGGCCCCUGAGGCGCUGAGCCUGGGCUCCCGUGUGAGCAGCGACAGCAGCACCAUCGGUCAUGCCCCACCCCCAGAGUCAGCAGAAGUGAUUCCAGCAGAGGAUGGUGCCCCAGCGUGUGAGCCCUGGACCCCAGGCACACACCCAGCUCCACUAACCUCAGAAGAAUUUAAACACAUAGGGCUCACGAAGGCUGUUCUGUCAGCUCACACCCAGAAGGAGGAACAGAAUUAUAUUGAUAAAUUCCGGAAAAAGAUCCUCUCAUCACCCUACAGAUCCUGUCUUCAGCAAGAAAGCAGAAACAAAGCUAAACAUUUGUGUGUUCAAGGAGACUCUGCUUCCAAGCAGGCCCAAUCAGCUGGCUACACAAAGGAGAAGCACAGGCGGAAGAAGCCGCGGGGACUGUGGAACAGCAGGGGCGCUCAGGACACCUUCUGUCCCCGCUUGGGAGGAGAUGGCCAGUACAGGCAGCCCUGGGGCCCUUCCCUUGCCUCCUCUCCACAGGCCUCCAGCCUGUCCUUCCCGGCUGCCCUGAUGGUUCCCAGCCUGGCUCCUUACCUCAUCCUGCCCCGCCCCGCCCCGGCCCUGCCCUCUGUGGGAAGAGAGCACGCAGCGUCCCUGACCACACUUGACCAGCUGCCUAAGCCCCCUUUAUGGAACGACUUGCAGUCUUUUCCUGCUCUCCCUUCUCCUUCCUUAGAUACUGUGAUGACCAUUUUCCUGCCUGACCCCCCUGGCUGUCCCCUCUUGUCACCAUCCUUCUGUCCGUAUGCGUUCCUGGGAGCAGCGGGCUCUUCUGGAACACCGCCCUCGGUAUCCGCGGUGACUCCACACCUGGAGCCGCCAUCCUCUGUCUUCAGCCAGAGGUGGGCAGAAGGAAAACGGGAGACGCCAUGUGGAGAGCACCCCUGCAUUAACUCAAGGAGCAGCUCACCACUACAGCUAAACUUACUGCAAGCAGACAUGCUCAGAUCCUGUGAAUCUUCAGAUCAAAUGAGAAGGGAUAUUUGCCCGGAAGCUAAGUAUUGUGUCCCGGGCAAUAGUGGGAAGAAGAGCUGUCGUGUUACCGCCAGCGAACUGUCCAGGGCAUUACUAUACGAGGAGUCGCCGUCUGCAACGGGCUCUGCGGCAUCAGGAAGCAGUGAGAGCAGUAUGUACUUCGCUAGUACUGAUUAUUCUUCUGAAAUCACCUCAAACGGGCAGCAGUCUCAGGAUGUACAAAAGGAAACAUUUCCCAGUUUAGCUGAAGAGUCCAUGUGGAGAAUGAUAAAACAAACUCCUGAGUGCAUUCUAAUGACAUACCAGGUACCUGAGAGGGUGACAGAGGCUGUCCUGAGAGAGGACCUGGGGAAGCUGGCAGGCAUGCGGGGGCGGCAGCCCCGGUUCUCACGCAGGCAGAGGGAGGAGCUGGUCAAGGUGCACUCUUGGAUGCAGAGCCAGACAAUCCCUCAAGGAAUAGACAUCCAAGGCUGCGUCACUUGCGAAAGCCAAGACUCCCUCGGCGACGCCGCAGAACCCCGUGGUCAAGCUGCAGCAGCGAGCAGCGGUUGAGUGGCCGUGGAGGCGCGCCCCCCGGGGCCCGCUGGACAACCGGGCCUCUUCGUGUGUCUCUUUAAACCCCGACUCUAAGUGGCCAUGAAGUUGUCACUGAAUGUUAAGGUUUUCCCUUCUUGACUUUUUUAACAGGCAUCGUUUCUCUGAAGCAGACGUCAUACAUACAGUCUUUUAUGUCCGUGUUCCUGGAGUCUUACAGCUGUCAGUUAGGUGGUUUUCUAGUGUAGCCGUCCUCUGAGGAGAUCGGAUGGUCUCGAGAGAGGGGUGUGCACAGGUGGCACCCGAAAUCGACGGCAGUCAGAAGCAGAGCCAGAAAGAGCCCCGAGCCCUGGCCUCCUUCAUUUUGUUCUGUUGUUACAGAAAGCGUUUUCCCUGUGAGAGCACUUGACAUCCCCCCUGCAGGCCAUCUGGUUUUCAGAAUGGUUCCCAGAAACGCGGUACUUUCAUCUGGUCCUUGGGCAGCUUGGCGCGUCCUUCCGUAGUUCAAAUGAAACGUUCUCAUUUGCCCACAACGCGAGUCGCUUCUGUAUUUACCAGUAGUAGCAAAUACCACCCAUCGGUACACCGGACAUACCUGCGUGUUGGGGUUGGAUUUUGAGCUUUGUUCAUGUGGACGCUUUUCCUUUUAAUUUUCCACCUUCCACUGAAAUUCCCAAAGUCCUGCCUUAACAAUCGACUUACCAUGAGCUUAUUUGUCAGAGAGUUGAAGUUAGCUUUUGCAUGUGUGACAUGAAAAUAGAAAGAGCUCCUCACUCAUCCAGUGGUAUUCCCCUUUCUAAUGUUUUGGUUUUAAAAUAAUGACUGUAAAAAGUUUCAGAAGUCAUGUCAAAAAUAAUUGGUGUUUAAAUGUUGUCUCACCCAAAAUUAACAGUUAACUCUUCCUUUCCAACCAAUUUACACAAGAGGUCUGGCCAUCCUUGUUGGAGGUUUGUAAGUGCCGUGAUGGGCUGCACGGGGACAGCAGCGGUCCAUGGGGACAGCAGCGGCCCGUGGGGGCUCCACUGUUCUCGCUGGAGUGCAGAAGCAGCCAGAGAUCAGUGCUUCCUGUGCCAGCCGUGAUUGUGUCUACUAGGAAGUGAGUGGGUUGUUUACUGGAUAAGUUAGCUCCGUGUUCUUUAGAGAAGUCCAUGAUUCCUGCCCAGACUCAGUAUGACCCACGCAGAUCAGAAAGAGGACUAGAAGCAAGUGAAGGAGCAGUAACCUUUUAUCUUCUAUAUAACAGACUGAUUUUUCUUUUUUUGUUGUUUUGUUUUGUUUCCUAUUUUGUUUUAAAAAAACACUCUUCCUCUUUUCAAGUUUUAUACUUUUUUAUAAAAGUGCAUCCUGAUAAUAAUUAGAAGACUCAACCUUUUUAUCCAUGAUUCCAUGGUGAUUGCAGGGCCCUGAUUCUUAGUUUCCGUAGCUCGGGUUUCCUUUCUAAAGUAGGUUUUCCUAGAAGGCAAUUCUAUGUGUCAUUUUCAAAUGCUAAGCUGUUUCAUGCAACUACUCCAGUGUUAUGACUGGGGAGCUCUCAUAUUCUACUCCAUCCUGAUCACUGAGUGAUUUCGAAGCCCUCGUCGUGUUGGUUAGGUUGUGUGGUAUUUUUGCCCUUGGUGAAAAAUCAAAUUUUAAAAAACUAACCAGCCAAGAUAUUAUCCAUCAAUGUACUCAUCAUGACCUUCUGCAGGGACAAAAAUUUUAAUUUGUAUAAAUGAGAAAUGACAUGUGGCUGUUAGAGGUCACUCAGCUUCAUGCCGCACGUUUUAUACCUUACAUUCUCCAAUCACGUAAGCACCUCUUUUUCAUUCUUUCUGGAUAUUGGUUUUAUCUGAAUUUGCUGAUCUCUUUGCCUUAGUACACAUUUUAUGGAGUGCAUAUUAUGCCAGACUUGACAUGAAACUGGUGCUCGUUGUAGGUAGAUCUGUAAUACCGUUUAUAACUUUCAUAUGUUGACAAGUAGAUUAGUUGGCGUGUUUAGGGAUUGGACCAUGAACGCUCGCACUGCUGGAGGGGAGAAAUGAGGCUCAGCAGUGACGCUGCUGCCCCCCGAGGGGGCUGUACCCACUUUUACACUUUCUUGUUCAAGUUUAUUAACUUUUUGUAUUAAUAACUACAGAAAUUGGUAAUAAAAAUGUGUAUUAUAGGUUUCCAUGUUUACAUAAAUGUUACCCAAAAAGCUGCAUUUUCUUGGGUAAGAGGUCAGGAUUUAUGAAAAACGGAAUGCUGUGUGAAUGGAGUUGUUUUGCAAUUAAGUAAAACUUUGUUAUAAUUCACAAGGUAAAUUUAAUCUAAAUUGAAAUUCCAUUUCGACUGAAUUUAUAAUUGUGUGAAUUUACUUGUUUUUAAUGGUUAUUAAUAUUUCAACCAGGUAUCUUUUUCAAGUAAAAACAAACUGUACAUGUAGAACCGGAGAUAUUUUUGCAUCGUGUCAAUAAACCUUUGCCUUGAAUAUU